AUGUUGCUUAUACAUAAUAGCAAUAAUAGAUAUGGUUGGUGGGUGUCACGUGAUGGCGCAUAUAUGACGUAUUGGGGUGGCGCUACUCGUGGAUGUGCAUGCAGAAUGACUAGGUCCUGCGACGACACAGCCAAGUGGUGCAAUUGUGAUAAGAAUGAUCAUGUCUGGCGCGAGGACAGCGGUCUCCUUACGAAUAAGUUGCAUCUUCCGGUCUCUCAGCUAAGGUUUGGAGACACUGGACAUCCUUUUGAGGAAGGAUAUCACACUUUAGAAAAAACUAGAAUGCUAUGGAAUGAGUUGACAAUGAAGAUAGAAUCAAAGGUUGAGAAAACUAGUAUGCACUGGAUAAAACUAGAGAAUUGAACAGUGUGUGUAAAAACAAAAAGGAUCUGAAGCAAACCGACAAGAAUCCAGGUCUGCAAGAAAUCUAACCUUGCGAAUCUCCUCCUGAAUCAACGUGCAAGGCAUAUUAUAUCGAAAUGCUGAGAAGACGGAAGUCGGACAAACGAACAACACAUUUACUGAUUCGGUGAGGCCUAGUCUGUUUCAAGGGACAAUGAUUCACCUUUGAAAUGUAUUUAAACGUUUGCCAGAUUUUGAGCUGAUGACUUCACGUUUGCAGAAGCUGAAAAUUAUAAGCCGUUGUAGUAACUUAUUUCCGUAUAAACAACGUUUGAAACCUUUAAACAAGGAUCGCGACCUACCUUAUCUAUUUUUCUUAUAAUUCCAGUGAUGAAUUAUUACAUCGGAUGUCACCAGUCAUGAACAGGAAACUCAAAGCGGUCAAGUAAAUCUCUCGGAUUUUUAGCUGAAAAUCUCUUCUUGUUAAUAAAUGUUCGCUAGCAAUGGUCUGUCGCAUCUUUCUUCGCGGAAGUUGUGAAACUGCGUUAGAAAAAAUGACAGAACGCAACUGGCCGUACCAAAAACGGUGCCAUGUGACGGUCCUCAAACCGGCUAUUUUUCAACAAAGGAGGUGUCCUUGUCACCGAUCGAGAAACAGAAAGAGUAACGAGAACGUGGGCAUUUAAACACCUCAAAAUUUGAAAAGAAUUGUGUGUACAUUCGAACCUCCCGUAAGAGACCAGCCAAAAGGUGGAGAUUUAGUGGUCGCUUACGGAGGGUGGUCGCUUAUGAGAUUCGAACCAUAGGGGACUCUUCCGAGGAGAUGAAGAGGUGCUUGUACAUCUUCUCCCUGAAGGAUAUAAGUAUGUGUUGUAGAGCAACUAUAGGGCUUUGACUAUAGGUAAUUUUGGAAUGCCCCUUUUGGAUAGGUGGUCGCCUAUGAGUUGUGGUCCCAAAUGGAGGUUCCACUUUAGUGGUGAGGAGGGCUUGACUCUCAAACGGAUUAACGUCACUGACUCGCUUUCGCUGUCCACGAGCAUCUCGACAUAACAGCGUAUUAAGUGUGGCUACCUCACGCACUUGAUCUAAAUUUUAUAUAAAGAUUACAGUCCAAAAUUGACACUUCUCGUCGGCUGUAAAGAACAGUUUUGUUUAUUGAGGUAGGAUAAAAAUGCUGAGGCAGAGCAAAACGCAAACAGUCAACAGAACAACUUUUCUUGCCCUGGAUUUUAUCAAUUAGGAGUAUGGCCUAACUCAUGCUGCACAUAGAAAAGCGUAGCUUUGGUAAGUAGGUCAACAGACGAUCUGAAGGAGAGAUGAUUAUCCUCCGCUUGUUGCGUGAUAUCAUAUUGGUUGUCCUGUGGUGCGUGCCUUUAGUCAUGCGAUAGAACAGUAUCACACCAACUACGUGGAUAUGUUUUUUUUUUAGGCUAAACGACCUUUUCUCUAAAAAGGAACACUCUUCUCAACUAUUUAUCUUCAUAUACAUUGCCUACUGCACGUGGAUUUGCUUCAAUCAUAAUAUAGUUUGACAAAUUUUACGUAGUAGGGCAAGUCUGUGUCUUAAUAUUUCCACCCCACUUACAUUCUGUGCAUUUUUAAAAUUGAUCCCCCAAAAUCAAGCCUCUUAGAAAAUUGUACCCCCGGCCCUCCGAAACCCCCGGCCCCCCCUGGGACGUAAUAAACGAUCGGUCCCCAAGAACUACCCAGAGGAAGCCAUAAACAAAAGGUGAGGAAGAGUUAUAGAGGCCGAGACCCUUAUCUGUAAGAAUCAAGAGCUGCUUAUAACUCCAAUAAAGUAAACACAAGAACCCUCUUUUGCAAAGACGAUAACAAUAAAUCAUUUAUAACGCCACUGCAAACAAACCGGUUGCCAUACCAAUUAGAAAAUACCGACUGCGGGCCGGUUUUAAGUCGGUGUUUAACAAAACAUCGUCUCAAGUCAUCUUUAAUUUGACCAAACCAAAGGUGACAAUAUAUUGUUUACUAUUAAUAGCCUCGAAAUCCACUGCACUUAGCUCUUUAUUAUCUAAAUUUCGUUUGAAUAUGAAAAAAUGAGUCACCAUAUUGGGAAAUCAGUGCAAAUUAAUACUCUUUUUUUUUUACAUAAGAAUGCUGUUUUUUCCAGCCCAGGCUGAAUAUUCGUAUUUUUCUAUCA